AUGUCAUCUGUCUUCACCAAAGACAACACCCCAGACCUGGGAAGAGCCAUACUUCGCGUAUCUCCGCUCGUUCUCUCCUCGGCGUCCCUGAUGUUCAGCUGGUCUCAGGACAUUUCAUUCAGAGCCUUCCUGCACCACUCGCUGCGCAACGAUCCGGCCCAUCCAAGUGGCAACAUAUUGCCGCGAUACCUGCCCGCAUUCAUGAAGCCUGGGCUCUGGGGAAUUGGUUUGACCUACCUACCAGCCACCGCUCUCUGCAUUGUCAAUGGUUUAAGUAACCAGACCAGUGAGGUUCGCGGCUUCUACCUUGCUGGAGCUGUCUUCAGUAUCGCUCAUUUCUGUUGGGGCCCUUCCAUGUUUGCUAUUCUUCGCCGUAUUGGGGACCCCCAAACCGCCGGGGUACCCAACGAAGAUGCGCUCGAGACUUGGUUGCCCAGGCAUCAUAGUCGAACUCUCUUGGUUAAUGUCCCGGCGUUCUUAUGCAUUUUUGCUGCCACCUUGGCUACCAUCACUGAGGGCCUUAAGUAG